AUGCACAAGUUUGAGGAUGAGUUAACAUGUCCCAUUUGCUACAGUAUUUUUGAAGACCCUCGUGUACUGCCAUGCUCUCACACAUUCUGUAAGACUUGCUUAGAAAGCAUUCUUCGGGCAGCAAGUCCCUUUUACAUAUGGAGGCCUUUGCGGAUCCCACUCAAGUGCCCUAGCUGCAGAAGCAUGACCGCGGUUGCUCCCUCGGGCAUAGACUCUUUACCGGUUAAUUUUGCAUUAAAGGGUAUUAUCGAGAAGUACCAGCAAGAAGAUCACUCGGAAAUUGCCACCUGCCCUGAACACUACAGGCAACCAUUAAAUGUUUACUGUCUGCUGGAUAAGAAGCUAGUCUGUGGGCAUUGCCUCACCAUGGGUCAGCAUAAGAACCACCCAAUAGAUGACCUCAACAGCGCCUACCUCAAGGAGAAGGAAACACCCAAGGAAUUGCUGCAGCAGUUGAGUGAUGCUCACUGGACAGGCCUCAGCCAUCUGAUUCAGAAGCUUGAAGAACAGAAAUUGAAUUCGGAGAGGAUGGUCCAAAGGGAUAAGGAAGUCGUUCUUCAGUAUUUCAAGGAGCUUAGUGAUGUAUUGGAACAGAAGAAAAAGCUGUUCCUGACUGCCCUUUGUGGUGUCAGCAAAAGGAUUUGUCAGAUAUAUAUGCCCGAAAUCGAAAGAAUGAGAGAGUUGCAAGAGCAGCAGCUUGAGUUAGUCACCUUGGCAACAUCUUUACAGGAAGAAACUCCCCUUGAGUUUCUUGAGAAAGUGGAUCAUGUUCGCCAUCGGGUUCAGAUGCUAAAGCAGAAGCCUCUGCUCCAAAUCCUGACUGUCCAUAUCCACCCACGAGCUAUCCAGGUAUUGAAGGAAGAUUGGAGCAGAACAGAAAUUAAGCAAAUCAAGCAUCUGCUCGUUCCCGAAAUGAAGAUUUCUUCCAGGAGGAUGCCAUAUCCCCCGAUUGAGAAGGAUGACAAUGUCAAAGAAGCUGAACGUUUUAAGAUUCUAAAUAUUAUUAUUGUCACAAUGAUUUCAGUGAUACUGUUAUCAAUCCUCUUUUUUAACCAGCACAUAAUGACCUUUUUAAAUAAAAUUACUUCACUGUAUUUCUCUAAAGUCUCUUUAUCUGUUUACCAAGCUGUAUCGAACUGCCUGCAUAAUUUAAAGAAUAUCGUGUGUCACAUUUUAUAUUUACUGAAGCAAUUCACAUGGUUGUGCAGGCAUCCCAAAUUCCUGCUUGGAUAUACAUGCCUGGAGUACGUACCAUCCAGCCACCUCACCCACCUUUAUUUAUGA